CCUCAAGUGAGAGGAUCUUGUUGAUUCUGAAUCUUCUUUCCUUGCCGACUUCCAAUUGUGGGGUUCUCUACUGGUUGUGUAUAGAGGCACGAAACGAUGAGGGCGGAUUUCCUGCUUUGUCUCUCGUUUUCCUCGAGUCUUGCAUCUGCGACGACAUGUUACCUAUAUGGGGGUCAAGCAAUUGAUUCUGCCUACCAGCCUUGCAAUGGAACCGCGCCCGUGUCAAUGUGUUGUCAUCUCGGGGUGUCGAACAAUAAUGGAGAUGCAUGUGGAUCUGGGUCUACUUAUGGACUGUGUGGAGUAACGGGGACUCAAUUGUGGAGAGAGUCAUGUACAGAUCAGACAUGGCAGUCUCCAUCGUGCUUGAAACUCUGUACAACAGGUGCCGGAGCGACGGGCGAUUCGAUGAUAACUGCAUGCGAUGAUGGGAGUUAUUGUUGUGGACAAAAUAAUGCUACAUGCUGUGAUGCCGGGCAGGGGAUGUUCAUUGUGGAUAAUGAAGUCUCCUUGACGAAAUCUACGAGCAGUUCGAGCUCUGCGUCCUCCACUGCGACGAGUCUGCCAUCGACCUCAUCUUCUUCUACAUCGGCACCCAUUGCCGCCAGUAGUACUGGGACUCCUUCACCAAUGCCGACGAACUCAACAAGUAGUGGUAUGACCACUGGGGCCAAGGUUGGGAUAGCUGUUGGUGUUACUGGGGGUGUUCUGGCCAUCGCUGCAGGCUUGGUGUUCUUGUUCAUGCGCAGACGCAAGGAUACAGGCCUGCCGACAGAACCAAUGGCCGACUAUCAAACUGUGUAUAACCCAACGAAGGUGGUAUCAGAGCCUACGACAGAGAUGGAUGCAAAUAGGAACACUCAAGAGUUGGAUGGAUAUUAUAGAGGCCAGGAACUUCAUGGAAAAUCUGUGGCUGUGCAACAAUAUGCUGAGAUGCCAACAUGACAGGCAGAAUAAUGUUGGGUUGUUGUAUGUAUAUUUGGCAAACAUUCGGACUCGGACAUUGAGCGUGAUUUAUAUUUCCGAGCUUCCGCUCCUGCAUCCGCCCCUACAA